AUGGCAAAUUAUAUUUUAUUAGAGUUUCACGACAUUCGACUAAUUGGAGGAAAGACACCCUAUGAAGGCCGACUUGAGAUAAUACACGACAACACAUGGGGAACUGUGUGUGAUGACAAUUUUGAUAUUAAAGAUGCACAGGUUGUUUGCAAGCAGCUUAAUUACAGAAGUGGUGAAGUUCAUGCUGAGAGUCACUUUGGCGAAGGUAGCGGAAUAAUAUGGAUGGAUGACGUAAUAUGUACAGGGACAGAGACAACUUUAAGUGAAUGUGGUAGUAACGGAUGGGGAGUUAAUGACUGCAGCCACGAUGAGGACGUUGGAGUUUCGUGUUUAGAACCGUUGUAG